CCCGCGCCCGAGCCGCAGUCGCGCCCUCUCGCUUCCUGGCGAAGGCGCGGACGGCGCGCGGAGGCGAGCGCGAUAGAGAGGAGCCCCCGGCGCCGCAGCGCCGUCAGGGCAUGAGGAUGGCAGUGGGUUCCAUCAAGAUGCAGCCGCCGUGCGAGAGCCCGGCCCUAGCCGCCGCGGCGGCAGUGGUGGCGGCAGACGGCGCCCUGCGCCGCAGCCCCAGCGCCCGGGAGCCCGAGCGCGAGCAGUCGCUGCGGCCGCGGCUGAGGGACCUGCCAGCGCUGCUGCGGAGCGGGCUCACGCUGCGGAGGAAGCGGAGCGCCGCUGGGGGCCGGACUCUAUCAAGAAGAAUAUCUAAUCCGUACCUUGAACAUACACCUUCCCAGAUUUAUGGAGAGAAUUCUUCUUGUGCAGGGAGAGCACUGAGGAAUGUUAUUAUCGUUCAAGCAGCUGACCUGAUAAAGGACAGAGUGAACCUCAAGGGGUUUUACAGGAGGAGCUGCGUUGGGUCAGAACUGGUAGACUGGCUUCUAGAACACUGUCCUUUUGUCCAGUGCAGAUCUAUGGCCAUAGGAGUCUGGCAACUCCUACUGGACAUGGGAAUUAUGUUAUCAGUGGACCAGCAUCUAUACUUUCAAGAUACUUAUGUUUUCUACCAGUUUUCCUCUGAUGAAUGUAGCUACUUGUACUGUGAAUUUGAAAGAGAAGAAGAAUGGCAAAAUGGUGUCAAGCUUUUACUGCAACUUGUGCCUCUCAUUCCUGCUAGAGCUGGCAUCUGUGAGCUGUCUCAUCAGAAAAUUGAAGACUCUGAAGAAAGCAGUGAUGAAAUUCUUGCGCGUCUAACAUCUGCGGUGCAGAGAGAGCUAGCAGCUGUGAUUGCUUUGAAAGCAAGGAAGUCUGCAAUUGAACAAGAUGAAGAAAACAAUGACAAACAUGUAGCUGUAACAGAAGCCGAAAGUGUUCCAGAUUCUCAGGCAGGGGUGAUGUGCAAGCUUCAAGAAAGAGAUGAAAUCGGACGAAUUGAACUAGUUCAGAAGCUGGCAAGAGAAAACUAUCAGUUUUUGCAGACGGACAAAAAAGAACAGGAGAAGUCUGAACACCAAGAUGAUGAAGUGUCGACUGUUCAGGUUAAAGAGCAAGACCAGAGCGUCCUGGUGCUGAAGAAAGUGCAGUGCUGUGGCCCAGCCCCCACAGCUGGGAGUGCGGAGAGCCAUUGGAGAUAUGUGGUGGUGUCCGGGACCCCGGAGAAGAUUUUGGAGCACCUUUUGAAUGACUUGCACCUGGAAGAAGUCCAGGACAAAGAAACAGAGACCCUCCUGGAUGACUUCCUUCUCACGUACACUGUGUUCAUGACAACUGAUGACUUGUGCCAGGCUCUGUUAAGGCACUAUUCUGCUAAGAAGUAUCAAGGCAAAGAGGAAAACUCAGAUGUUCCUCGUAGGAAACGUAAAGUCUUGCAUCUUGUUUCCCAGUGGAUUGCUCUGUACAAAGACUGGUUACAUGAAGAUGAACAUUCAAAAAUGUUUUUAAAGACCAUAUAUAGGAAUGUACUGGAUGAUGUUUAUGAAUAUCCAAUACUUGAAAAAGAAUUGAAAGAAUUUCAAAAGAUACUUGGAAUGCACCGUCGUCACACUGUGGAUGAAUAUUCACCACAAAAAAAGAAUAAAGCCCUUUUCCACCAAUUCAGUCUUAAGGAGAACUGGCUCCAGCAUAGAGGAACUGUGACUGAAACAGAGGAAAUUUUCUGCCACGUGUAUAUAACAGAGCACUCCUAUGUCAGUGUGAAGGCAAAAGUUUCCAGUACAGCCCAAGAGAUCCUAAAAUUCGUGGCAGAAAAGAUCCAGUAUGCCGAAGAGGAUCUGGCUCUGGUGGCCAUCACAUUCUCUGGAGGAAAGCAUGAACUUCAGCCGAAUGACUUAGUCAUCUCCAAAUCCCUCGAGGCAUCUGGUCGGAUAUAUGUCUAUCGGAAAGACCUGGCGGACACUUUGAACCCGUUUGCAGAAAAUGAGGAAUCACAGCAAAGGUCGAUGAGGAUUUUGGGAAUGAACACUUGGGAUCUUGCUCUGGAAUUAAUGAAUUUUGAUUGGAGUCUAUUCAAUUCAAUUCACGAGCAAGAGCUGAUCUACUUCACAUUCAGCAGACAGGGAAGUGGGGAACACACUGUAAACCUCAGCCUUCUGCUCCAGAGAUGCAAUGAGGUCCAGCUCUGGGUGGCCACGGAGAUUCUGCUCUGCAGCCAGCUGGGCAAGCGAGUGCAGCUGGUGAAAAAAUUCAUCAAAAUUGCGGCUCACUGCAAAGCCCAGAGAAACCUGAAUUCUUUCUUUGCCAUCGUGAUGGGUCUCAACACUGCUUCUGUCAGUCGACUGUCACAGACCUGGGAGAAAAUCCCUGGGAAGUUUAAGAAACUUUUCUCUGAACUUGAAAGUUUAACAGAUCCUUCCCUAAAUCACAAAGCCUACAGAGAUGCAUUCAAAAAGAUGAAGCCACCAAAAAUCCCUUUCAUGCCCUUAUUGCUUAAAGAUGUAACAUUUAUUCAUGAAGGAAAUAAAACAUUUUUGGAUAAUCUUGUCAAUUUUGAAAAGCUGCAUAUGAUCGCAGACACUGUCCGAACCCUGAGACACUGCAGGACUAACCAGUUUGGUGACCUGUGUCCAAAAGAGCAUCAAGAGUUAAAGUCCUAUGUUAAUCACCUAUAUGUCAUUGACAGCCAGCAGGCCCUGUUUGAGCUCUCACACAGGAUCGAGCCUCGGGUGUGAGCCCCACUGCCUCACCUCCCCUGUGUCUGCAGCACUUUGAGCUACGGGAAUGUCUAUGCCAAGCACGUUGCUUUCCUGUGAGAAAAGAAGUUGCUGAGUUUUAUCAGUAUAACCCAAGACUUUCACAGGAAAGCCAGCCAAAGCGUGUUCAGGAAGUGAUGUCAGCCACCAGAGAGGGGGAGAGGCCUCUCCAUGCUACUCUCGAGACAAGAAGGCAGAAGGAGAGUCAGAAGCAUUCUUGAGAUGGAGAAGGCUGGUUUCUUAUGAUCACCUUGUUGAUCCAGUCCAGUUUUCAAUAUGAGAUGUGCCAGCAUCAAGACAAGACAACGACGUCUUGACAUGCAAUGACCAAAUAUUUCAUUAAGAGCAUGCGUGGAACAGGAAGGAGUUUUUACUUUGCCUAGUUUUAGAUUACUGUCCAUAAGCUGUCAAAGAAGUCAUUCUUUUGAACACCUGAUGACAGAGACAGCAUCUCUAGACCUCCAGGGAGGAGAGGUUUCUGUUGAUACCACCUAUGACAUCACCAAAAGCCACUUGUGUCUAGGGAGUUAGUGAGGACUGUAGCUAGCAUUCAUGCUCUGCUGGGCAGAUGAACAGUGUCAAGGUGUGCAUCACUUUGCACCACAAUCAACUAUUGACACAUGCUUGCAAGUGAAAUUAGUUUCUGUAUAACUGAUUUGCAGCUAUAGGCAAGGUAGAUGAAGUUGCUUUGCCAGUAAGGAAAAAUAGUAAUCUUCAAGAAAUUGACUCAUUGUUUAAUUCCUGGGGAUUUUCUUCACACUUGUAAGCAGGCUCUUAUCUUUUAUUGGACAUAAUAUGAUUUUGAAAAAGCACAGUGCCUGACACAUUGUAGACACUCACUAACUGCUUACUGAGGUGACAGAGUCACAAAAGUCUGCAUUCUUGUGCCUGAUGAUGCAUUUUGCAUACCUCAUACAGGCUCCUUGCCCACACUAUGGAACGACAGCAGCCAGCGCAGGGAGGUUAAGUGACAUUUAAUGAAUGAAGCACUUAGCAUUCUCUAGGUAGUAAGAUAGCGGUUAUUACCAGUGUUUUGGCAAAUGAAAAAUGCCCUGAAAUAGCCAAGUGUCUGAUUGAUGUUGGUGACUUAGAAGUCCUAUAGUCCACCUACCAGCCAAAGCAGGGAGCCUUCCUAUAAUUUGCCUUUUUUUUUUUUUUUUUCAAAAUCUGAGUCUUCUGAAAUCUUUUUUUAUUCCCAUUUUUACCAAUUGAGGCUCCUUUAGCAAAUAAGACGUCUUGAUAUUUUCAAGGACUGGGUAGAGGAUUUCUUUCAACCUUCACAUGAACAAAACAGCCUAUGGAUCAAAAUAAUGAAAUCUACCCCUGCCUGCUAGAUACUUGUCACCUUGCUAAAAUGCAAGGGCCUGGUCCAUUCAUUUUCCAAAUGCAGGAGUCUUGGUGCACUUCUCACUCUUCCUGCCUGUUCAUCUCUUUCAUGCCCACACAGACCUGUUUCCUUUUUGUCUCAUCAACACCUCAUUCAUCCUCAUUAAUGAGGCAUGUCCAAUGCUUUUUGACAUCUUUAUAGCAGUGCUGUUUCCUGGGCUCAGGAACCACACUGAGCUUGAGAUACUGCUGGAAGGAACCAUGUGGAGAGAAGGUUUGAGAGGAAUUUGAGAGAGACUUAGUUCGGCCCAGCAUGUAAAACUUCAGUCCUGAACAUUUACGGGGUUUUAUAGAAGGGCAUCCUCCAGGGCUGGUCCAUUCACAGAAAUGCUGCAUGCUGCUGGUCAUGGAAUGUGGCCCACGGGAGGACACCAGAGCCAGAGAAGCGGACAGCAGACUUCCCUCACAGCUGGGUUGAGCAAACCCUCCAAAGCCCUCCUCACGCAGUUACUAACGAUAGCAUGGGCUUACAGCACAAGCACGUGUUCUCACCUUUUUCCUAUGCCCUGGACUAAGGUUUGGCCAGUGUAAUCAUAUAAGGCCAUCCUGACAUUGUUUCUGUGUUUCACAGUUCAGAUUUUUAUUUACAUUAGAACUACAUUGCUCCUAGUAGGACAUUACCUUUAGGGGACUAAUUUUCCAUGGAGAACUCUUUCAGCAUAUUGCGUGCUGCUUAGACCCCAAGUUAGAUAUGCACACCGAGCCAGAUGAAGCUACACAAAUGUUGUGUUUAAAUGCAUUUUGUACAGUGACUUCAGAGUCUCUCACAUGACAUGGGUGGAAACUGGGGAGAAAAUGAUGCUUGUUCACCUCUUCCUCCAGCCGUGGUUAAGUGGUCCUAGGGGUAGCAGAGGGAAGGGAGGAUUUUGUGCAGUCGAGAUUUGCUUUUCCAUCCUUGUCUUCUGAAUGUCCAAAAUCUCUACAUCUUUCUGAAGUUUAACAACUGUCUCUAGAGGUUUGCCAGGCGGCAGCUCAAAGCUUUGCAGAAUCUUAGAUCUGGAAUUAAAGAAUUCAAACCCAGGCCGGGCGCGGUGGCUCAAGCCUGUAAUCCCAGCACUUUGGGAGGCCAAGACGGGCGGAUCACGAGGUCAGGAGAUCGAGACCAUCCUGGCGAACACGGUGAAACCCCGU